AUUGAGAAUCUGUCAUCUUCACCAAUUCGGAUACCGGUUAGAAUGUUCACUUCACCAACUCUCCUCGCCGACCUCUUAAAACACCAUAUUUCCUGUUUCUUUAGAAAUUUUUUGAAUACCAGGUUAGUCUGAAAUUCAGCCUUCCACUUCGCUAUAAAGAAGAGUCUUUAAAUAGCUCUCUGCAAUGGCUGACUACUAUGACAUUGGUCUUUUAGAUGACAACCAAAAUGACACUUCUAAAAUAGACUAUGUGGACCAACCAAUUCGAGAAGAUCUUGCUUCCCUUUACAGUAUUAUUAUCACUCUAGAGAAUCUGGAAAUAGUGUUUACGAAGGAUGCCAUCACACCGGAUGCAUUUGAGUCUACUUCCAAGCUACUUCUUCAACAAUGGGAUUCUUGCUUAAAGGACGAAACUUUGCUUAAACAUUUUGGCUCCCUGGAAGAAUUCUCUUCGAAGUAUCAAUUACAAUGUCCUCGAGCCAUGAAGCGCAUUAAAGAGCAUUCACAGAAUAAUCCAACUGUGGAGGGUUCAUCCAAAGUUCCAAAUGAUCUUUCUGAAAGUAGAGAAUCAAAAUUACAUUCCAAUGAAUCUUUCCAUAAUCGGAACACUACCAUCAUUUCUGCACCUACAACAACACCUCCUGCUUCUACGGCAAAGUCCAUAGCCGAACUUGUACAAAACUUCAUAACCACUAUGGAUGCAAUUCGAUUGAACUUCGUCUUCAAAGAUCAGUUACACCCGCUUCUUUCAGAGUUAAUCAUUUGCAUGGAUGACCUUUCAGAAUUGCUCAAUAAGCCAGUGUCCGGUAGAAGCAAGUUAGUCCAAUGGCUUGUUUCCAUCAAUCACAUGGAACCAGCAGAUCAGUUAGAUGAAGAACAAAAGGAAGAAUUACUGCAAAAUCUUGAAGAAACCUAUUCAGAAUGCUAUGGAUUACUCUAAUUUGUUUACCAACGUACGACCUUAAACUUCAUAAUGCAUUUUACAGAAAUCCAAAAAUGACACAUGUGACUGUCUUUUUCGAGACUAUAAGUAGAGCAGAAUUACAGACGUAAGCAUACCAGUUACCAAUGUGAUCCACAAAUCUUUUCGUAUUUACUAUGGAUAUUUAUUAUUUGCUUACGAUUUAUGAAUAAAAAAUGAAUGACCUUUUUAUUU